AGAGAUCGGAGCCUGCGCGGAGCUUCGCGUCAGGAACUGGCUAGCCAUCAGCAGGCCGGAGCGGCGGCGCCGCCGCAGUACGGGACGGACGCGAAGCUGGCAGAGCUCACCGCCGGUAGCGGCGGCAGGGAGACGGAGGAGCAGCGCGGCAAGUUCCUGGUGCUGCGCCUGUACGAGGCGCUCAACGCCCGCGACGCGCGCCGGGCGCAGGAGCUGCUCGCCCCGGACCUCGAGUGGUGGUUCCAUGGCCCGCCCGCGCACCAGCACAUGAUGCGCCUCCUCACCGGCGCCGACACCAACGCCCAGUUCACCUUCGCCCCGCGCUCCGUCGACGCCUUCGGCUCCACCGUCAUCGCCGAGGGAGGCGCCGACGCUGGCGGACAGCUCUACUGGGUGCACGCCUGGACCGUCGGACCCGAUGGGGUGAUCACGCAGCUCAGGGAGUACUUCAACACCGACCUCACCGUCACCCGCCUCUCCGCCGCCGCCGCCGCCGCCAGCAAGAACCCCAGCACAAUCGUCUCUCCUAGCCACGCCUCCUCCUCGUCGUCUACUUCCACCUCUUCAGCGCCCUCCUCGCCGGCGCCCACGCCCAAGUGGCCCAAGUGCCUGUGGCAGAGCCGCCGCGCUGACCGCGCGCGCAAGUCGCUGCCGGGCCUCGUCCUCGCCAUCUAACAAGAAUUCAGGGACUACUUAUCUGCAAGAACUCAAGAAGUCAAGGAGCUGGCGUAUGGGCGAACUGAACUGAACUGAAGUGCGUGCUAGAAUUCAGGGAUCCCACAUUUCCUCUACCAAUAGUAUUGCUUUACGUGUUUGAAUUAGAAAGUGUGAUUUGCUCGGUCUAAGUUAUGGGUUGUGGACCUUAUGGUGUGUACUGCAGCUGCAGCAAUGGCUCGCUAUUGCGGCUGAAUAAAAGUACUAGCAGAGAGUAUUUGAGUCUUAUGCAAUGUAUUCGGAUAGUUAUUUGCCUUCA